AGUGCGUAAAGACGGCGGGUCAGCUGACAGCUCCCAGAGCAGCAGGGAAAGAAGCGAAGCUUGCGGGUGAAUGAGCUGGGAAUACGCUGGACACUCGAAGCUGAACUGGGAGUAAAGCAGUGGCGGCUUUUGUGGAAUAAUUGGGGAGGCGUUUGGUUUCACAAUGGCACGCUGGGAGUGAGAAGCAGCCACAAUGAUUGGAGGAUUGUUCAUCUACAACCACAAGGGGGAGGUCCUCAUCUCCCGCGUUUACCGAGAUGAUAUAGGGCGUAAUGCGGUGGACGCGUUCCGCGUGAACGUGAUUCACGCCCGGCAACAGGUUCGGUCCCCGGUGACCAACAUCGCCCGCACCAGCUUCUUCCACGUCAAGCGCUCCAACAUAUGGCUGGCUGCCGUCACCAAGCAGAACGUCAACGCCGCCAUGGUGUUCGAGUUCCUUUACAAAAUGUGUGACGUGAUGACGGCCUACUUCGGCAAGAUCAGCGAGGAGAACAUCAAGAACAACUUCGUGCUCAUCUAUGAGCUGCUGGAUGAGAUCCUGGACUUCGGUUACCCCCAGAACUCRGAGACCGGUGCCCUGAAGACCUUCAUCACCCAGCAGGGCAUCAAAGGACAACAUCAGACAAAGGAGGAGCAGUCUCAGAUCACCAGCCAGGUGACGGGGCAGAUCGGCUGGCGGCGUGAGGGCAUCAAAUAUCGCCGCAACGAGCUUUUCCUGGACGUACUGGAAAGCGUCAAUCUACUCAUGUCACCUCAAGGUCARGUCCUGAGCGCGCACGUGUCGGGCCGAGUUGUGAUGAAGAGUUACCUGAGCGGAAUGCCCGAGUGCAAGUUUGGCAUGAAUGACAAGAUUGUCAUCGACAAACAGGGAAAGGGAGGAGCGUCUGACGAYGCAGGAAAGAGUGAUUUAGGGGGAGGAAGUGGGAAGCAGUCCAUAGCCAUCGACGACUGCACUUUCCACCAGUGUGUGCGUCUCAGUAAGUUUGACUCGGAGCGCAGCAUCAGCUUCAUCCCUCCAGAUGGAGAGUAUGAGCUCAUGAGAUAUCGCACCACUAAAGAUAUCAUCCUUCCAUUCCGAGUUAUUCCUCUGGUCAGGGAGGUGGGACGCACUAAACUGGAAGUUAAAGUGGUCAUUAAGUCGAACUUUAAACCCUCACUGCUAGCUCAAAAGAUUGAGGUGCGAAUCCCAACACCACUCAACACCAGUGGUGUCCAGGUGAUUUGCAUGAAGGGAAAAGCCAAAUACAAGGCCAGUGAGAACGCCAUCGUUUGGAAGAUCAAACGAAUGGCUGGAAUGAAGGAAUCUCAGAUCAGUGCUGAGAUCGAGCUGCUGCCCACCAACGACAAGAAGAAAUGGGCCAGGCCUCCUAUCUCUAUGAACUUUGAGGUUCCUUUUGCUCCGUCUGGCCUGAAGGUGCGCUACUUGAAGGUGUUUGAGUCCAAGCUCAACUACAGUGACCACGACGUCAUCAAAUGGGUGCGGUACAUCGGCCGCUCCGGCAUCUACGAAACCCGCUGCUGAAUUUCCACCCUAGCAAGGCAGCAAAACCGACCACUUCCCCCCCAACUCCCCUCAUCUAUCCCUGUUAAGAAUUUUUCUUCUGCCCUCUUCUCCCUACUUUGUCUUUGUUCUCUUCCUCGGCCCCUAUCACUUCUUCUCCUCCUCUCCUCCCCCAUUAUCCCUUCUUAGCUAGGUGUUGGAGAUCGAAUUUACAUCGUUUAAAGAGAAAAAAAAAAAAGUAAAUAUGGUGUAAUGCACAGAUAUAUGCAAAAUGUGAACCAUUGUAUCGUAUAUAUCUAGUAGUGACGAGUACAGUUGUGAACCAUCUGAAAGAAAAAGACGUGUGAUGYUGGAGUCUCAGGGGGAGAGGACAGAAGGUUUGAAUGAGUGCUCGGAUUGUUCAGUGUUAUUCUUCUAUCUACUCUCUCCUGUUAAGGUCCUCAUUGUCACUUCUACCUGAUUAAGGCGCCUAAAAAGACGAGUCCAGAUGGUUUCUAUUCACAUGUACUCGAGUAAAGUUUACCGUCUGAAUAAAUUGACAGAUUUGUGUUCUUGUGGAUGGACCCCUGUGUAUUUCUCUCACCCAAGAGGGUGAAAUCAUUCCCGACUUUGUUGUUUUGGUAGCUGAUCCAGAAAUCGACAUUGUUCAAGUUGGUUUUAUACUGCUAGCAUGCGUUCCUUUCAGAGACACGUCAGGUCAUUUGAGGUCAGACCAUCGUCCUCAUUAGGGUAUCGUGACUCAUUUCCCCCCAGAUAUUUUAUAAGCACUAAGAUGAUCAUUGCCACACUAUUUUCAAUUCAAAGAUCAGUCUGCAGGGUUUGCAGCGAGGUGAGGUCUCCCCCUGGUGUUUGCUUUGCCACUGUCUGCUUCUUCUUGUUUGUAGCCCUGGUGACCGUUCUGUCCAAUAAAAUCUAUGUAACCAAA